AUGGCCAAGGGGAAAGCAAAAGGUCAAAAAGGGAAGAAGAUCACCUUGAAAAUUGCCAAAAAUUCCAUCCGGAUAUCUUUUGAUGGAGGGCGCCGUCUUGAUUUAAGCAAGAUGGGUAUCACCACCUUCCCCAAGUGCAUUCUGAAACUGGCUGAUGUGGAUGAACUUGAUUUGAGCAGAAACAUGUUAAAAAAGAUUCCAAGCAGCAUCCAGAAGUUCCAGAAACUGCGCUGGCUGGACCUGCAUAGUAAUCAGCUCGAGGAGCUGCCUGAGGCAAUAGGUACGCUUCAGAACCUUUUCUACCUGAAUAUAUGCAACAACAAGCUGACCACCAAAAAUCUGCCAGAAGAGUUGAACCUUCUCAAGAACCUGCGUAUUCUCAACCUUGGCUUGAACUGUCUUGACAGUAUUCCCACCAGUCUUGGGGCCCUGAAGGAACUUAAGGAGAUAGGUCUCUUUGACAAUGCCUUGACCACCAUCCCAAACAGUGUGAGAAAGCUCCCCAAGCUCAAGAAACUGAAUGCAAAAAGAAACCCCUUCCCAGAUUCAACAAAGCAAGAAGAGCAUGCCGACUCCAUUAAACGCAUAGAAACACUUUACUUAGUACAAGAGAAAGACCUGUGCUGUUCCUGCCUGAAGAUGUGUCAGGAUGAGAGGGACAAGCUGAACAAGUUAGAGAAUGUGACACAUAGCCCCUCAAAGAAGCCAAGUUUCCCUUUACUCCUUACACCCAAUUCCUCUGCAAAGGAUAACCAAGAAGAAUGGAGAUUAAGAGGCAAACAUCCCUGA